AUGAAGAGAUUGGUUCCAAGCGGCCCAAACAAUGAAACGUCUCCACCUUCUCCACCACAUUUCAUAGCGGAUUCUGGAAUGAAAAGAUUGGUUCCAACCGGCCCAAACAAUGAAACGUCUCCACCUUCUCCACCACAUUUCAUAGCAGAUCCUGGAAUGAAGAGAUUGGUUCCAACCGGCCCAAACAAUGAAACGUCUCCACCUUCUCCACCACAUUUCAUAGCGGAUUCUGGAAUGAAGAGAUUGGUUCCAACCGGCCCAAACAAUGAAACGUCUCCACCUUCUCCACCACAUUUCAUAGCGGAUUCUGGAAUGAAGAGAUUGGUUCCAACCGGCCCAAACAAUGAAACAUCUCCACCUUCUCCACCACAUUUCAUAGCGGAUUCUGGAAUGAAGAGAUUGGUUCCAACCGGCCCAAACAAUGAAACGUCUCCACCUUCUCCACCACAUUUCAUAGCGGAUUCUGGAAUGAAAAGAUUGGUUCCAAGCGGCCCAAACAAUGAAACGUCUCCACCUUCUCCACCACAUUUCAUAGCAGAUUUUGGAAUGAAGAGAUUGGUUCCAAGCGGCCCAAAUAAUGAAACGUCUCCACCUUCUCCACCACAUUCCAUAGUAGAUAUUGAAGUGAAGCAAUGGGUUACAAGCGGUCCAAGUAAUGAAAGGUCUCCACCUUCUAUAUAA